AUGAGGAGUGUGGUAAACUCACUCUGUCAGGAGUUCAUGAAUGACAUCAUCCAGGUAACCAAUUGUGAGGAUGAUGAUGAUGACCCUUCUGCUCUACAGAACUACCUGGAGAGAGGCAGGGGCUGGCUACUUCUCCUACUCAUCAGUAAACAUGGAGUACAGGGACUAUCAGUGGGUCGAGACUUCAGUAACUUGCUGGUCACCCUUCUUCCCUUCUGUCUUAGAUUCAGAGAGGACACCCUCCUCCCUGGAGAAACCAAGGCUGAUAUGCUGACAUCUAAAUCAUCAACUGAUUGUCUACCACCAAUAGGGAAUGUGUUCUCCCAACUUGAGGUGUCAUAUAAAUGGCAGAAGUCUUCCCAGACAAGAGACAAAGCAAUCCCCAAACACAAGCAGGUCAGGCAUCGCCAUACCAACAAACCAGAUAGAAAGCUUCGGAAGCAGGCCCAUAAAAACCAGAGAGCUGGAGAAACUUCGGACCAAGAUGAAGGGAGUAACCAUUCAAAUGAAGACCAAGCACCGAGGAUAAGACGGAACAAGAGGCUGAUUAGAAGAUGUUUAGUGUCAAGUUCACGAUUCCAGGAGAACUAUACUCGACAGGAUUCCAUGAUAGAGGAAAAUGAGCAAGAAAUUUAUGCCAUGUUGACGGAAGUUAAAAAAGAUCCAAAGCUUUGUAGUACACAGGACCUGUGCAGUCUGAUACUCAACCUUAUCCAGUCCUUGUGUUUACUAGACUUAGACCAGGUGUCAUUGAUCAAGGUCAUAUCGCCCUCCAUCUUGCCACACUUGUUGCAUCUGUUAACUGGCAUGUAUCCCUCAGUAACCACUGAAAUGGAUGAGUUGUUAGCUUCUUCCUGGAAAAAAGAUGACAGUAUUUUCUUCCAGCGACAGUUGUUACGGGUUGUUCUGUCCCUGUGUGGAGUCAUAUCUACUCAACAAAAUGGUGUUGGAGUGAUCCUGGGUCACAAGGUUACGUCAGUCUUGUUGGAUGUGGCCCAGCAGGUCAAUCACUUCCAGGAAAUCAAAAUCCAGUUAUCCAUGACAAACCAGCCAAGCAGACUGGAGUCAGGGAAUGUCCAGGUUGUAGAUCAGGAAUUCUGCUUGUUUUCAGAGAUAAACAUUGGUCUGCUCAUGUGUUUUGACAUGAUAUUUCAAAACUUGCCUUUCAAUCUAGUGUAUAUUAAAAAUGCUGUUGAACUUGUAGAAGAUUUUGGCCAAGGACAAGGAUUCAACUUUUUAGAAUGUGUAAUUAAAGAAUAUGACAGACAACAAUGCAGUAAGGCUGGCGAGUCUUGUUUCAUGGACUGUAUUGAUGUAGAGCCAAUUAAGAUCAUCAGUUCUUUCCUCAACACCUUAAAGUCGGUCAAGGUGAAUUACAUCCACUCAGUGUCCUGUCUGAAAAGGAAACAUCAGAAAUGUUACUAUGGUUCCUAUUUUGACCACCACCAUGACAUUCUGGGUCAGCCAUUUACGUUGAAGUCCGAGAAUGAGGUAGAUCAUUUAGAACAUUCCACAACACCCUUACCCGAUUCUUGCUGUGGAGUUUGUCUGGUAGCAUCCUGGUGCUCCUUUCUGCUCUCUAUUCUUCCCACCAUCAAAUCUAAAGUGUCCCAGGUAGAUGUGCUCAGUACAUUGCACCUUUCUUCCAUGUGUUGUUGUGUUCCACUGGAGUCCAUUGUGUCCUGUAUUACUGGCAGUAUGUGUACAUUCUCUUCAGCCAUCCAGAGUUAUGCUCUGGAAACACUUAAUAAGAUUAUCUUGUUUCCUUAUCUAGGAGGGAUGGACAGUUAUAGAAGUACUGGCAAAUCAGUGUAUUGUAGUUCUCAAUUUUGCCAGAAGUAUUCAAAUUAUUCUCAUUCUGACUCUAAAAUGGCAAAGGCGAAUGACACUUUCCAAACAAAUAUUGACAGUGGUUUUUCAAGUAGAGAUGUAUCAAGAAAAAGUUUGACACAGUGUACAGAACCAGUUUCAAGGUGGUCAUCUAUGGAGUAUUUUAGAGCACUGAUGUUUUCCUCAAAUGCACACCUCAGUGAAUUGACAGCAAAACAUAUUCAGGUAUUGGUCAUAGGUGCAAAACCUGACUUGAAGGAGGAAAUUUUCUUCAGAGUGUAUCUCCCAGCAUUCAGAUCAUUCAUUGGAACAUGGGGAAAAGUGUCACAGAGCUCAUCAGAGGAAUGUGAUGGGAUCCAGUUCUCCAUAGCUACUAAAGUACAUUGUCUGUCAGCCUUGCCCUACCUUCUACAGGUAGACUCUGUGCUCAAAGUGUUUCUCACCAAGCGGGGACUAGGACAGAUCUGUGGGAUUCUGGAAGAUGAUGCUCUUCGUGAACCAACCCUAAAGGUGUUCGAGGCCUUAGUUCUUUUAGAUGAGAAUCGACUAAAGUGCAAUGAAAAUGAAACAACAGAUAGUGAUACUCUUAAAGGUGGAAUGGUCAUAAAAGCAUUUAUAGAUGGUCUAGCUGUGAAAACAAAAGGGGAUAUCAAUGAAAAGUCACUUUGGCCAGGAUGCUGCUCCACCACAGACAGGUUUUCAGAGACAACAAAGGACAAAGAAGGGUCUAGAGUGUGCCUUAGAAACCUAGCUUUGAUGGUUGACAUGUGGGAGACCUGUAGCAAGCUGUGUAUUAACAGUGAUAAGUUUGUGUCUCAUUUUAAGGAUUCAGACUCUCUGAUCAUAGCAGAGGAUAUAUUGAUGGUGAUACUGAAGCAGAUGUAUUCACCAAACUGUGAGAUGCCAUCAGACACAUCAGAAGACUCUGGUGCGGAGUCCAUUGGAUUUGGGAGAAUUAUGCCUCCUGUGGGUUGCUUCAUGUGGUUAUCCUUACUAAAGGCUCUCCUAAUUGUGUGUAGUGCCUGCUACAAGAACACUGGGCACCAGCCAGAGGAGAAUGACCUGUCAACUACUCGCGCAGAGUGUGAGGAGGUGAUUAUAAUUAAACAUCUUGAGGAGAGGAUUUGGCAGAAGGUAAACAAUGCCUUCCUUGGUUGUGCUCAACUCCCAGUCUGCAAAUUGAAAAUGCUCUUUGACAUUAUUUUGUCAUCAGCCAUGCCAAAAAAAACAAGUGUCCUAGAUGUAACACAGGCCAUGAACUUAUCUCACCAGUUUAUUAAGGAAGACCAUAUAGAUGAUGAUGAUGUUAGACAGAUGUUACAGAGUCAUAGUGAUGAUGACCUUGAGUACCAUGGGUCAACAGAACGAGGAUAUGAUGCUGACACUGAGGUAAUGUCAGAGGAUGAUCUACGCAAGAUUGGCGUGAUGGAUCAACAGGUGCAGCGCGAGUACUUCCCAGCCGUAUUCCGCCUAGUGGUCAACCUUUUGGUGGCCUCUCAGAGACAGGGAGAAGGAUGCGAGAUUCUACCAGAUGUCCUUGUCAAACUUUUACAAACACUAGGUGCCAACCAUGUGGCAGUGUUGGCUGUCAGUGAAAAGGUGAUUGUGGCUGGUCUGCUACAUGAUAUUUUGGUGGGAUUCUGGGAAGAAUUAGUAUCAAAGACAACUGCAGAAAUUGUACAAAAGGCUCUGAUGUCCCUGAUACAACUACUUGCUCAGCAUCAAGUGACAGCCAAGGAACUCCAGAUGAUCAUCCGUCUGCUGCAACAUCAAGGGAUACCACAGGAUCUUGUGGUGUCUACAUUGCUGUCUAUUGUGGAGAACUCAAGGACCAUGCCUUACCACUCAGUGACUUUUCCCUGUAAGAGAAAGAAAGUUAAGGACACAAAGAAAAAGAGGAUGUCAUCAACUCUACAAGGGAAACACUUAUUAUCAGAGGGAUCAGCAGAACAUAACAGGGUUUCCUCCAAUCCAUACGGGAGUGUAUCCUCAAUACCCAUGUCUACUUUUUCAACCUCAGUAGAUACCGCUGAUGAUGUUGUCAGGGACAUUGAUGACCUUGAAGGAGGUGUGAAACAAGAGCCAUGGCAACUAGCAGCCAUCAGCCAGGAGGUGCAUGGAGGUCUGGUGUGGCCUCCAGGGAUAGAGGGCUUCAGUUUGGCAAUGUGGCUACAGAUAUCUGAUAGAGCCGUCCAGACUCAGGGACAUACUUGGUCUAACAAGACCCAAGACUAUUCCACUUCAAUGGAAGGUGAGCAUUUGUCUGACACCAUCACGCAUAGAAAACAGUCUGAACUUCUGGCCUCAAAAAAUCUCUUCCAUGUUGUAUCCAUUGGCAAUGAAGACAAAUUGUUGGAGAUUUGGGUGAACAUUUCCAGUAGGAGUCUCUUGUUCAGGGUCACAUCAGAAACAAUACAAAUCACUGGAUCAAUGCAAAAGGAGGCGGUUUGCAAGGAUUGCCUCCGUUUGGAACAGUGGCAUCACCUGGUGGUCAAUUACAGUGAGGAACAUGACAAAGAAUUGAGCAGUGAUGACACUAACCCAAAGCUGGAAGUGCUGAAAGGCAAGGUGACCUUGACCUUGGAUGGCUGUAGGACACACACUCUUUGGCUCCAGCACCAGGUGGCACCAUCUCCUAAGAAACAUGCUCACAUUGAUACCCAACAUCUUACUGUUUGUCUGGGACACUUGUUAGAUGAGCAGUCAAGCACAGAUCCUCUUGCAUCUUGGUCCCUUGCAUCCUUUAUGCUCUUUCGAGGUUGUUGUGUUGGUGGGGAAGAAUGCCUGCAUCUGUACACCCUUGGGCCAAGCUGCCAUACACUGAGUAAAUGUGACAGUUCAGGUGUGGGUCGCUCCUACCCUCCCAGACUGUCCAAGGCCACUGUGGCGAGUGGAGGGGUUGCCAUGGAUACCCUAGUGAGCCUCAAAGAUGAUGACCUUGACAGUCUCAGAUCAAGUGUAGUUCUUUCAUACGAUGCAUGGAACUCUGACCAGAUGGGUUAUUACUCAACCUUUGGUCCCACCAAUGAAGAACCUGCCACUAUUAUCACUAACCUUGGGCUGACCAGUGUCCACUCCAGCCUGCUGUCACAGCAACCAACCAACAUCCCCACUGAAGUCCAAGGUGAGAUAACUGCUCACACUCAUUAUAUCUUAGAGAAGGCACUAGAAGAGGUCGGAGGAGCAUCCGCCAUUUUGUUCCUGGUUGCGAAGGUAUAUGAGGAUAAGGGUGAACAGUACACGGACUUAGAGGUGCGUCAGUCUAAAGCUCUACAGCUGUUGUUUGCCUUUGUCAACCAUUCAUCCUACAUAGGACGGGACUACAUAGCCUGUUCUGGUCACCAGCUCCUCACCAAAGUCCUGACUAGCUCUCACAGUUGUGUUGGCUAUCAUACUCUCAAGGUGUUGAUGGAUGCUAGUGUCAGUGAGUCACUGUUCCGUACUGACAUGGGUGAGAUUCCCUUGGUGUUGCGCCGUAAAUCUGAGGCAGUGGUGACCAACAUGUCCGUGAUUGAGGAACUGCUCCUGAACUGGCGGAUCUGGGAAAAUUCUGAAUGUGGAGUUUUACUCCUCAUGUUCCGUGCUCUUGCCUCACUGAUCAGGGAAGAUCACCCUCUACAAGCCUUCAAUAUUAAGCAGUUCCAGUCUAUCAACAUUCUUAACAAGGUUUUCCUUAUGUACAGGGAGAGAAUUCAGGAUGCACGUCCUUCUUUCUCUACAGACAUCGGUCAGUCAGUGGUCAGUAUAUGCCAAAGCAUGAUGGGAUCGCCUCCUGAUGUCCAUCUGAUUGUGUCUAUGUGUGAUUUCUUGUUAAAUGUCCACCCAGCUGCGAGCACAUACAUCAAUCAUGCGAAGGCAGACUUCUACUUCAGCCUGUGGUGGGAUCUACCUGAGACAAAUGCAAUGAAGAAAAAGGAUUAUUUGUCCCAGAUCAGACGCCCAAGUCAUCAGGAUACCCUGUCAAGUAUUUCAGAAUCAAAGUCAAGCUCCAACACAGCCCCUGAGUUAUCUGAUGAGGCCAGUAAUGUCGCCAUGAGCCCAGAAGACGCCCUGUUACCAGAGAACAAGUGCCCUUCUGUCUCCCAGACAAGUCCUGUCCCACCAGACAAUGAUAUCAAAACAGAAGUUUGGGCAACAUGGUCAGCUGUACCAGGAGUGAGUGACCACAGCAGUGUCCAAGUGGAUACAUCAGAGACUGUUUCUGAUUUCGAGAACAAUGAAGGGAAGCAUCUUGUUAUCAACACCAAUACCACAGACAUAAGCUCACUCAGCUCCUCACUCAACGAGGCAUCCGACUCUUCAUUCGACAAAGUUACAAACAACUUUCCUGUGAUUUUACAAGAAAAUUCACUACAGAUUUCCACAUUUCCACGACAAUCUGAGAAUGAAGAGGAAGGGUUAUAUGCACCAAGGUCGGACGUAAAUUUUGAUGUACCAGACACUGAUGCUGAUGAAUCGGAGAGAGAAAGAGGGCUCACAGCCCUGUGUGUUGGAUUACUCCAGACCCUGUCAAAUGUCUUAGUAACCAUGCCUGACAGUACAACACAAAAGGUUUUUAACAAAGUCCUUAAGCCAGAUAUCCUCAUUGUCCUGGCACACAACAGUUCUCCACAAAUCAGGACAGCUGUACUCAAGUUACUGAUGGCCUACCUGAAGCGAGCUACACUGACCAACUCAGAGCUGGUGGACACUUUUCUCCAGAAGAUGGGUUUUCUGCUGAUUGGUGCUCAGCUCUAUCAGUAUCCUACCCACCAGGAACAGAUAGAGGAAGUCAUCUCACUCAUCAUGGACCGACCCUUCAACUUCACCAGCAGGUUGGACAUGGAAAUUUGUCUGGAAGACUUGUCACCACUACAGCAAGCAGCCAUUGGUCUUUUUACAUCUCUGCUCGACAUGACUGUGUUUGAUUCUGAGCUUUGUAGUAACAGUCUUCUUCUCACUCUACAGCUGUUUACCAAAGAUUCUACUUUUGGAUCCAUGAUGUUAGAGGUUGGUCUAGUAGAAACUCUCACCAACAUGCUGGCUCGAAUAAAUCGAUCCUACAGGGAUGGUGACCAGGGAGAACUAGGAGAUCAUCAGAGGUGUGUUAACACCAUACAGCUGUUGUUGUCUACCAUAGUGGUACGAGAGUUCAGUGCCAGUGGAUCAUUACAUCUACAGAGGGUAGAGGAGAUCCUGGAGCUGCUGAGAUACCUAGAGGAUAGAGAGUUACAGAAGACAGGAAGUAAAUCAUGUAAACAGGUCCAGUGUAUGCGAGCUAUCGAGCUGCAUAUCAUGUCCAGUAUCUUACACUACAUGGAGUGUGCCAGUCAGGAAAACAGACCUCUCUGGAUGUCACGACAAAUUUCAUCACAGGCUUCCAGUUAUUAUGGAGGUAUUCGACCUCGGCACAACUUCUCUGCACCACAAUUUCCCUCCCAAGGACACACCCCUUUGGGGUACCCCUCCCAGCCUUACCUCCCAGCAUAUGGCACAAAUCACCCUUCCAAGCAGAUCAGCUCAAAAUUCCAUUUAUCAUUAGAUCUUCCAUAUGAAGAAGCCCAAUCCAGCGACACAGAGAGUCAUAUAUCAUAUGGAAGUGCAAAAGUGCUGCCUGGAAUCAGCCGAACUGUCUCCUUUGACCAAAGCCAGGCAAAACAGGGUAAACCUGGUAUCAUUACUUCAGUGCUGGAGACAUUCGGACGUAAAAAACGACUUAGUGUCAUCCCAGUUUCACAUUCGGAUCUCAUAGACAGAUUCAAACGCUUCAUGGUUAUAGCUGUGGAUAUGUUUGUCUUUUCUGACAAAGAUACUGUGAAGAAGGAAGGCCAUACUCGUACCUUGAACCUGCUGUUUGAGCGUCCAGAAGUAGAAAGCUUGGAAACAUCACAUAUACGCAGGCUGUUUGACUUCCUGUAUCGGGCAUAUGAAAUGACACUAAGUCAGGACAGAAUGGUGCCUAAGAAGCCCCGGAAUAGUUUAAUGUGGGCUGCCCGAGAUGUGACACGGGUACAGAUGGGACGGCUUAUGACAUUCCUCCUCUCUCCACGUCAGGAAGUUGACAACAGAGCCUACAUAGUGUCCUAUAUUCGUGGGGAGGUCCGGGGCAUUGAGAUCCUCAAGGUUAUCCUAAACACUGCCAGUGAUCUGGGUUUGGAGAUGGCCUACUAUAUGUUUGACCUACUGACCACCUGGGAUGAUUGCCUCAACAUACAGCAGAGGGAAGAUGCUUUUAAGAUCUUAAACACCAUGAAGAAUGCAGGAAUAGCUAUCGUGUCCCCGAAUCCAAGUAAACAAAAAAACACUGAAGAGUGCUUUAAAGAGGAGAAGAAAAUGAUUAGUAUCAAGUUUGAAAAGGGAAAAAAACAGAUUGCAAAGAAACACCUCCAGACAAUGGAAAGGGUGCUGAAAAGGAAUGACAAACUCUACUCACAGUUAUCUACCCUUGCCAUGGAUAUUACUCAAACAGUGACCAGAUUACAGACGACUGAGCGCAACAAGUUUGUGGAGCAUAUCAAGCGCAGCAUGACAGAGCAUAUACAGGUUAAAAAGUCCUGGCAGAACAUUGUACAGAACCUUACACAUGAGAGGGCUAUCUGGUAUUGUGCUGACUCCUAUCCACAGUCAUGGCAACUCGACCCCACUGAGGGACCCAGUCGUAUAAGGAAGAAGCUGAAACGCUGCCACCUCAAUAUCAAAUCAAAAUUCCUCAGUAAAGAUGCAGCCUGUAAACUUGAAAUAAAUUGAAUGAUUUGCAUAAUUACAGAAUCUGAAGCUGUGGAUCCCCCACUUAUCUACCUUUUUGAGGACGACCAUCAAAUAUCUGAUUCAGCUGCUCUCAUAUACCAGCUUUACCGCAAUGAGAAAAUACAACACACUUGUAAGUGUAAAGCCGUGUCACCCAAUAAUGAGAGUAAUGGUGAGCUGUUGAUUGGAGAGAAUAGCAUCUUCUUUGUGGCAGAUGAAGCCAUCUCUGAUGUUAACUAUACACAGGUGUUGCUUGGCAACAAGGACCAGUUGUCAAUGACUUGGCCAUAUGAGGAUGUGAAGGAGAUUCGUAGGUGUUGGUAUCAGUUACGUGACAUAGGUAUUGAGAUAUUCCUGACUAGUGGAAAGACCUGUAUCCUGGCCUGUUAUAAGACAAGGGAGAGAGAUGAAUUACACAAGGUUCUUUCUAAUCUUGAACUUCCUAACCUGAUGGAAUCUGAAGAUCUCAACCACAUACAACGUCUCUGGUUGUUAGGGGAGAUAACCAAUUAUGAUUACCUCACCUACCUCAAUAAAAUCUCCGGGAGGUCCUUUAACGACCUCAUGCAAUAUCCGGUCUUUCCAUUUGUACUGAGGGACUACGUCAGUUCUGUGCUUAAUCUCAUGGAUAGCAAUGUGUAUAGAAAUCUGGAAAAACCCAUCUCAGUUCAAGAGAAAAGCAGGGAAGAAAAGUACAAGAAUAACUAUGAGAUCCUGAAGCAGGAGUACUUACGUGAAGGACAUACUGACAUAUCUGGUCUGAAGAUGACACCGUUCCAUUACGGCAGUCACUACUCCAAUAGUGGCACUGUGCUCCACUUCCUCAUCCGCCUUCCUCCAUACACCAAAAUGUUCCUUAGCUAUCAAGAUGACAACUUUGACCUGCCUGACCGCUCCUUCCACAGCAUUGAAACAACAUGGAGACUUGCUAGUUUUGAAUCUACCACAGAUGUAAAAGAGCUCAUUCCUGAAUUCUUUUUCCUACCAGAACUUUUGGUAAAUUCCGAGGGAUUUGCAUUUGGUAAGAGACAGAAUGGCCAGCAAGUGUCUGACGUAGUUCUACCUCCAUGGUGUAAAGGAGACCCCCGCCUGAUGAUCCUGGUCCACCGUCAGGCCUUGGAGUCAGAUUAUGUCAGACAGAACCUUCACCAUUGGAUCAAUCUGGUGUUUGGCUACCAACAGACAGGACUUGCUGCAAUACAAGCCAUCAAUGUGUUUCACCCUGCAACAUACUUCGGGAUGGACAUUGACAGUGUAAAGGAGCCCCUGAAGAGACAGGCUUUGAGGACUAUGGUGAAAACAUAUGGACAGAUGCCAAAACAGCUGUUCAAACAGCCCCAUCCUCAACAGGGUCAAGCUCAGCCUGGAAUUCUGAAACAGCUGAUUGGUCAGACAGGGCUGAAUUACGACUUUGACUACCGAUCAGCACCUUAUGUGCCAAGUGUGGUCCCCACUGUGAAUGGCCUGAAGUGGGGAGUGUAUGUAGGUUCACCCCAGUUGGAGCCCCCAACUGUUGUAUGGCAGGAAAAAUAUGAUAGGGCCAUGGCCUCCAUGUUUGCAUUGUCAACAGGAGAAAUAAUUGGUGUUGGGGAAGACAGCUACUGUGUCACCAUGAACAGCAAACAGAAAGUUUCCACAGUGAAUGUUUCAACAGAUGUGACAUGGGCUGCGAUCAUUGACUGGCAGCAACCUGGAGGAAUCCUAAGAAUUAAAAAUGACAAAAAUCGACCAAAAAAGAAUUUUCUGCAACACAGCCCUUUUGAGCAGAUAACCUGUUUAGCAUCCGUGCCAGAUUGUCGUCUGUUGUUUAUUGGUGGUACUGGUGGUGUGAUCACGGUAUACCAAACCAUCCACAACCAGGCCAAGGAGAGCCACAUCCAAGUCAGGGGCAGUAAGAGGAUGUUACAUGGCCACAAAGAUAGCAUUUCCUGUCUAGUAGUCAGUAAACCCUUCAGUGUAUUGGUCAGCAGCAGCCACGACAAUACCUGUAUCAUCUGGGACCUCAACAGGUUGUGCUAUGUGAGGUCAAUCUCAAGUCACAAGUCUGCUGUGAAGUUAGUAGCCAUCAGUCCACAGCUUGGAGACAUAGCCUCAGUCAGCAGUCAUGGGCCGGGAAGCUGCCUGCAACUCCACACAAUCAAUGCUGCUCUUGUGGCCUCUUGUGUGUGUGAAGACACCAUUCACUGCCUCGCAUUCUCCGCUGCUCCAGAAGGCCGAUCCAUCAAUGUGAUUGCAGGUGGUCUUAGCUCAGGGAUGGUCAGGUUGUGGAGUAGCUGGAACCUUACAGUUCUGAGGGAUUUACAGCAUGAUUCCCUCCUCGCCAAACCAGUCAUUAGCCUGGCUUAUUCGUGGGACUCCCAGCGACUCUGUAUGUGUACUUCUGAUGGGACUGUUACCAUGUGGGAGUCAGUGUCGGGUAGACCUUCCAAGUCAUUGUCGCAGCAGUUUAUGUCGUUCCUGUAAACUGUCUGCUAGUAAUGUCACACUGAUCUUCAAAGUCAUUGUCGCAGCAGUUUACGUCAUUCCUGUAGACCGUCUGUGAGUCAGCAUCAGACAGGCGUUCAGAGUCAUUGUUGCAGAAGUUUACGUCAUUCCUGUAGACCGUCUGUGAGUCAGCAUUAGACAGACGUUCAAAGUCAUUGUCGCAGCAGUUUACAUCAUUCCUGUAGACCACCUGUGAGUCAGCAUCAGACAGACGUUCAGAGUCAUUGUCACCAUCCUUUGUGGGUUCCUGCAAACUCUCUAUGUUUUAGAUUAUGUGAAGCCAAUCCAUACAGGGGAAGGAUCAGAUCUCCAUAGUUGAUGUUUUAAUAUUAGUGUGUUAUGUUUGCUUUAGUAAAUGCUACACUUUAAAUGAUUUAAUCGUAAAAAUUGUACCAACUCAAACUUACAAAAAUGCAGGUACAUGUACAUUUUACUUGCCCAACCAAAUGAUGCGAGGAAACAAAAUUACAGCGAUAAAACACUAUAUUUGUCAUUUUAUUAGCCAGAGCUGAAAUGGUAAGUCUUCGUUUCAUGCUGUUUGAAGGAGACAACAGUUUGAAUUUGACAUUAUUUUAACUUAUUUCUUCA